AUGUGUGUCCGCCCGCACCCGGACUUGCCUGUGCAGUGCCCCCGCUGCCAUAACUACGGACACAGUCGUAUUCCUUUGCCACACAUAACACUAUUUUUUAAUGGCAUUUUCACAGAUGAGCUGAGUUCCUGGAUCCAGCAGUCUUUUAAGCAUUAUGUUACGCAAGAAGCUAAGCAACACUUUAGUGACUAUGACAAAGAUGGUGAUGGAUUAGUGUCUUGGAAGGAGUAUAAUAUGCAAAUGUAUGAUCGUGUAAUUGAUUUUGAUGAGAACACUGUCCUGGAGGAUCAAGAAGAAGAAUCUUUUCGACAGGAGAAAAAGCGUUUUGAAAAAGCUAACAGAGAUGAUGUUCCUGAUCUAAAUGUGGAUGAAUUUGUUGCUUUUGAACAUCCUGAAGAAGCUGAGUACAUGACGGAUUUUGUCAUUCAGGAGGCUUUAGAAGAACAUGAUAAAGAUGGUGAUGGAUUUGUUAGCCUGGAAGAAUUCCUUGGUGAUUACAGAAGAGACCCAACUGCAAGGGAAGAUCCAGAAUGGAUACUUGUUGAGAAGGAUCGAUUCGUGAAUGACUAUGACAAAGAUAACGAUGGAAGACUCAACCCUCAAGAGCUUUUGUCUUGGAUAGUACCGAAUAAUCAGGGUAUUGCACAGGAGGAGGCUGCUCACCUUAUUGAAGAAAUGGAUUUGAAUGAUGAUAAAAAGCUUUCUGAAGCAGAAAUUCUGAAGAACCAGGAUUUGUUUCUUAACAGUGAGGCAACAGAUUAUGGCAGGCAGCUUCAUGAUGAACGUUUCUACCAUGAAGAACUUUAGAUUAUUUAUUUUAUAAUCUAUAUUUCUUCCCUUUCUUUCAUUUGGAGCUUUUGUUAACAAGCACCCACUUUUCAGCUAUGUUGCAAGUUUUAUGCUGUAAUUAUAAUAGACUAACGUUUGUGUAAAUAUUUUGCAUUCAAAAUGUAAUUGCCCUCCUGCAGACUUCCCUGGGCUUCUUCAAAAUUAAUCUGAAAUAUUUACUACCAAAAUUAUAUAGUUUUGGGAAAGAAAUUACUUAAAGUGUAGUACUGUAUUGUGAAGAGUUAUGCUACUGUACUUGAAAAAAUGGGGAGUCCACGUGAUUCUGAAAGAAUGCAAAACAUACUUAGUAACUGAGAGACUCUUUUUUUUAAAUCUGUUUAACUGGGGAGGAGGGUUGGGAGGAAUGUUUAGAGUCAGUAUUAGCUGUAUUUUAUUUAAUGCAUUUGGAGAAACACCUAGAUGAAUGCCUCAAAUGUUUAAGAGGUUUCUACUUAAUUUUAAACGGUUUCUACAAUGAGUUUUAUUGUAUUAUAAAAAACAUGCUAUUUUUACAUCUACAGGCAAUAAUUUUUUUAAUGUACAAUUCUGAGCAUUAGCAAUACAGUGUCAAAGCCCUCUUCAUUUGUUGGAUUAAAACAGUUAAAUAGUC